AUGUGUCGCGAAAUUUUCGCCAGAUAUGGCGCUCCCGAGGUGAUCGUCACUGACCACGGCACCCAGUUUACAGCAGAAGUAUUCGCUGUCUUCUGUCGUGAAAUGCAAUGUACGCAUCUCUUGUCAGCAAUAAAUCAUCCACAAUCGAACGGUCAGGCCGAAAGAAUGGUGGAUACGGUAAAAAGAGCUAUCGCGAAGGAUCCUACAAACUGGAAGAAACAGUUAUACGAGUUCUUGUACAGCUACAGGUAUUCGCCGUGCUCCGCAACAGAUACCGGGAAAUCUCCGGCCGAAAUCUUCUUCGGCAGACGGAUGAACACGCCGUUCACCAAACUGUUUCCUAAGUUCUCAACCGGUGAACAUUCUGGAGCGUCUACUCCGGCAAUACGACGAGGUAUGAAGCAGCAGUUUAACAGACACCACGGCACCAUUCCACGUCAACUUUCCGUGGGAGAUCGUGUAGUGGUCUUGACGAGCAGGAAUAAGCGUGAACAGGGCGAGGUCUGGAAGAUCUUAUCUAAGACGCGCUAUACGGUACGCCUUGACAACGGCAAGGUGGUUGAUCGACAUAUUAACCACAUUUGGAGGGGAGGAUGUGGAACGGCAAAGCCAAGAGGAGGAGAUGAGAUCGACAACUGGGGAUUCUACGAACCACCCCCAAACACCUCUUCUGUUCCGCAGACCGUUCCCGACACUGGCAUACACCUAAACACUUCGCAGGAAACUCAGUUGUCCGGGAACCAACACUUCGAAGAAGCGGUCACCCAACCAGCAUCUACGAGACCAACCCGCCUUCGAGCACCAGUAAGAAGACUGAUGUUAGAUCCAGCCUCUAAAUCCUAUUUGGAGUGCUGA